CAGUGACUUCCACAUUUUUCUUUUCUCUUUUAUGUUGCUUCAGCUAAAUAAUUUGGUCUUUUUCUUAACAAUGCCGAGCGCUAUCGUGGCAAAGUUGUGGCCAGCAUUAAUGGUGCUGUUUCUAGUUGUUUGCUGUGCCGGGGUGUCUAAUGGAGGGGUCACAAGUCACUAUGUAAGAAAACCCGAAGCCUCUGUUUGCAUGCCUAAGGCCGCUUUCCCUCCCCCUCAAGGUUUUAAUGCACCAGAGCAGGUUCAUAUAACUCAAGGAGAUCAUGUUGGUAGAAGUAUGAUUAUUUCAUGGGUUACCCCAAUGGAAAAAUACCCCAAUACUGUUACCUAUUGGGCAGAGGGCAAGGGCAAGGACAAGCACAAGAAACAUUCUUCUAUCAAGUUUUACAGAUACUUCAAUUAUACUUCUGGCUAUAUUCACCAUGCCACCAUCAAAAGACUCGAGUAUAACACCCGUUACUUCUAUGAGCUUGGGAAUGGUAAGGCAACCCGUCAGUUUUUCUUCACAACUCCUCCCAAAGUAGGCCCAGAUGUUCCAUACACAUUUGGCAUCAUUGGUGAUAUGGGACAGACAUAUGAUUCCAAUCAAACAUUUGAGCAUUACAUGUCCAACACAAAGGCACAAGCUGUCCUUUAUGUCGGAGAUCUCUCUUAUGCGGAUGAUCACCCUUACCAUGACAACGUGAGGUGGGAUACAUGGGCCAGGUUCGUCGAAAAGAGUAAUGCGUAUCAGCCUUGGUUCUGGACUGUUGGCAAUCAUGAACUUGAUCUAGCUCCAGAGAUUGGUGAAAACAAACCUUUUAAGCCCUAUACUCAUAGAUAUCAUGUUCCCUAUAGGGCAUCAAAAAGUACAUCUCCACUUUGGUAUUCCAUUAAGCGUGCUUCUGCAUACAUAAUUUGCCUUUCUUCCUACUCAGCCUAUGGCAAGUAUACUGCACAGUACAAUUGGCUUAAGCAAGAGUUUCCAAAGGUGAACAGAGCAGAGACGCCAUGGCUAAUUGUUCUACUUCACUCUCCAAUGUAUAAUAGUAAUAACUACCAUUAUAUGGAAGGAGAAAGUAUGAGAGUUAUGUUCGAAUCCUGGUUCGUCGAAAACAAAGUCGACCUUGUCUUGUCUGGUCAUGUCCAUGCCUAUGAGCGUUCAGAGCGAAUAUCGAACGUGAAGUACAAUAUAACAGAUAGAUUGUGCACCCCCGUGAAGAACCCUUCUGCACCAAUCUACAUUACCAUCGGUGAUGGUGGUAAUAUGGAAGGCCUUGCAGAUAGAUUUACUGAACCACAGCCAAGUUACUCAGCAUUUCGUGAAGCAAGCUUCGGCCACGCAAUUCUGGAGAUAAAAAAUCGGACCCAUGCCUACUAUGCUUGGAACCGGAACCAGGACAAUGAAGCAGUUAUGGCUGAUUCUCUAUGGUUAUAUAAUAGGUACUGGUAUCCACAAGAAGAGCACAGCUCGGCUUAGAAUUAAUAUUUGGGUUCAAGUUUUGUGUUUCGCUUUGGCUUGAUUUGUUGCUAGCCUCUUCUUUUUUUUAAUUUAGUUGGUUGGUUUCCCAAUGUUUGUGUGUUAGUUUAUGGUUUUUGUUUUUUGCCUUCUGUUUUUUUUUUUUAACUCACUUUUGGGUUUAAAACGUUUUUCUUUAUGGUAAAGAAAGUAUAUAAUGUUCAUGUAAAUAGAACAAGAAUUUUCUAGUUUUCUAUGUUUGGCAUCGCUUUAUUUUAUUUUAUUUAGUUUA